AUGCCUAAAGUCUGCCCUUUAGGCGCUAAAGUCAGCCUUUUGAGGCUAAGUGCAGACAACAUGCUUUAUCGUCUACCGGAAGACAUCGACGAGCUUCGGAGUCGUAUCAGUACAAACAUUAAUUUAUUGAACGCGUUCAACGGACGACUUACUCGAGACAACGUGGUUAAGUUAGUACGGCACCAAGAAGAUGAAGAACAUCAAACAGCAGUCGACUGGCUCACCCCAAUUGACUUCGACUUCGCUACUCAACAGAGCAACUUCAUUAGUCGGCGGCUCUCCGAUAACGCUUCUCCGAAAUUGCAGAGUCACUUAGACAACCUCGGAAGCAAAGUCGGGAUUCAAUCCCAAAAUACAGCGGCGCUCAAAGACCUUGAUGAGCAUGAUGAGAGCAUAUCUGACUUGGAAACUCAACCCAGAUUGCAAACUCUCGAAGGCUCUUCCGAGUAUGAGCCUUCUGAGGCUUCUAUGGAAGACGGCAGCGUUUUUUCGCUGUCUCAAAGCAUCUCUUCGAAGAGCUCUGCACACGGUGCAGAGGGAGCAACUUGUGAACUUGUCAUACUUUUGAUGGAGAAUACGGAACUGCGCAAUUUCCAUCCACCCCUACGCCAGAACUUCGAAAUUACCGCUUUCAAAUCCGAGCUGCAUCAGUUACUUAAAGUAUUCUCAAAGGACCUCUCAAAAGAAGCAUUGAUUCCAAUUGAAAAAGAAAGUGUUCGCUUUGUCAGCCAACUAAGGCGACGGGUGACGCAUACUAUUGGGCAAGAAGUCUUCGGCUUGAAAGAUCAGUCCUUGCUCCAGUCAAUCAGUCAACAGCAACAGCUAGACGCAAGAGAGAGGAUUGAGAAAUUCUUGAAGGAUCUAAUCCAGUCAAAGGGCAGCGGUGAUGAAUUGUCAUUACAGCAUGAGCAUACGUCAGAUAACGAUAGCUCUGACGAUGAAUACGAAUUGGAACCUUUUUCUAAUUUUGAACUUGUGAAGAAGUUUCUCAUCAACAGCAAAGCCUUUGAAAAGUUGCGAGUCAGCAUCAGUAAGUUAGAAGCGCAAGGGGAAGAGUCAAAUACAGAGAUGCGGUCUCGCCACAACGUGAUCGAGUUGGAGAGCAAGAUUGGGAAGGACGAAAAGCUGUCAGAUAUAGGGGUUAAUCAAAGCCCAUUGAGCAGAACGGUGAUACCAGAGUCGCGAACAAUUCUCCAAGCUGGAAGAAUAAAUGUUUUCGCCACGCUACUGCGAUGUUCUCGGACUUUGCUUCGCCUCUCCCGUCCCAAGCUGGAAAUUGGAUAUCGGCGACUGGAAUGGCAAUGUGAUUGUGGUAUGCCACUCUAUGGUGACUUCAGAGGUGACCCUGAAGAAAUUAGCAAGCUCGUUAGAGAGAUUCAAGCUCACGGAUAUGCCGUUACACAGACUUGUCACGGAACAAAACAAAUGCCAGCGGAUUCGGGAUGGACCACUGCCUCAAACUCGGCUGUAUCUGUACCCCUAGGAUUAAACACAUCUCAAACAACACAGAACUCCUGUCUUAAUUCCACUGGCACUUCGUCUAGAGCACUUGGAGAGACACGAAAUCCAACGGUUGGUAGUACAGUCGCCACAACAUCUCUGACACCAGUUACGGAUAAUAGGUCAAAAUUCGUAGCGCUAUGCGUGAACACAGGUCCAUUCCAAAAGACAUACGAUGAGAUUGAUAUAUCUUCCACUCCCAAAAACACCCAAAUGUUUCAGGACUUCAAAAAGACGUACGAAGCAUGCGUCGGCUCCCGGAGGAACCUACUAAGAAGAUGGCUCACGAAGCCUAUAGACAUCGAAUUCAUUCAAUUCGCAGUGGAAGGCCUCAGGCGUGUCUACCCCAUCCCUGGGUCACCUGAUUGUACGAUCUGUGCUCACGCAGAGAAGAAGGAUAGACUUGUCGCCGCACGCAAAUACGAGCCUCAUCUCAAUGCUGUAGCUCUAACCCAUCCACCUAUUCCCCCAGAUCUAUUCUUUCACUUGUGGGAGUGUCCGGAACACAUAACUCCUACAGUGCAGAAUUUGUGGCUUAAUCGUCUGCCAAAAAAGCUAGAUGAGAAGCUUGACAAGGUGUGUCUGGGGACACGACCAGAUGGCGAGCUGAUUCUUGGGUGGGGAGUACUUGUGAUUGAGGGUCUGCAUAGACGGAGAAUAUUACGAUUGACUAUCGCUAUUGUGGCGUUGAGCAUGGUCAUCUCGGUGGCCUAUUCGGCUGGUAUGAAAGAUGUGUCCAGUGGGUUUGCAAUUGGUGCUCUUCUUGUAGGAUGUUGGACCUUAUUUAUAGCUGCACUAUACUCCGAGUGGAUGGCACGAUGA